UCUCUCUUCCUCUCAUUCACCGACGUGUCAGUCCUUUUUUUGCCCAGUGCCGAGCAGUAGACACACACARCGGUCUCUCUGCAGAAAUGUCCCCCAAAGGAAGCAACAAGCAGCAGUCGGAGGAAGACCUUCUCCUCCAGGACUUCAGCAGAAAUUUAUCCGCAAAGUCCACAGCUUUGUUUUACGGAAAUGCGCUCAUCGUUUCUGCCAUCCCCAUCUGGCUGUUUUGGAGAAUCUGGCACAUGGAUCUAGUCCAGUCUGCAGUUCUGUACACUGUAAUGACUCUGGUCAGCACCUACCUGGUAGCUUUCGCCUAUAAGAACGUCAAGUUUGUGCUCAAACACAAAGUCGCUCAGAAAMGGGAGGAUGCUGUUUCCAAAGAGGUAACCAGGAAGCUGUCUGAAGCAGACAACCGCAAGAUGUCWCGGAAGGAGAAAGACGAGAGAAUCCUGUGGAAGAAGAACGAGGUCGCUGACUACGAGGCCACCACCUUCUCCAUCUUCUACAACAACACGCUCUUCCUGGUCCUCGUCAUCGUCGCCUCCUUCUUCUUGCUGAAGAACUUUAACCCCACUGUCAACUAUAUCCUGUCCAUCAGUGCCUCUUCAGGACUCAUUGCACUGCUUUCCACUGGCUCCAAGUAAAAAAAUAAAUAAAGAAAAGGACAUGGGAAUKAGAAGAUUUUGAGUUUGAGGGGUGGUUUUUUAAAAAAUAAAAGAAAAUCUAGUCCACAGCAUAAUAUUUUUCAUUUUUGUUAGGAAAAAGAGGAUUUCAGCUUCAUGAAAUUCAUGAUCAAAUGUCUGGAGGGUGUCAUCCAGGCCAAGCUUUUUCUUUUUUUUUUUUUUCUUUUUUAACAAAUAAACCAUUCAGGUAUGCUUUUUAA